AUGUUGUUCAUCAAACGCAAGAGCUUCCAGUGUGCUUCGGUGGAUGGCCAGCCGUCUUUCAACUCCGUACUUCUCCACGACGCAUGGCACGUAUCCCUCUCGCUGGAUGUCUUCUUUGCGAACAAAUCUCUCCCACGGUCUGCAGUCGACGUCGACUGCGGAGGAACGCCCUGCGCCCAAGAUCCCGCACUGACUUCGUGCGCUGCCGACGAUCAUCUCUGCGAAGCUCAUCUUCCCGCUGUGCUCCUCCGCAGGCUCCUCUUCUCUCUCUCGGUCUUCCCCACGUCGAGAAAACGACGAGGAAGAAGAAAAGGCAGAAGACGAGGGAGAAGAGGAGAGAGAGGCAGACGGGUGGCGCUUGGUCACUUUGUCGAAAGCGAUCGCAUUCUGGGACUGGAAGAAGCGCACCAUUUCCUCGCGCAUCGCUGGCCACUGCAUGCGGAUGAGAUCGGCUUUGUAGUUUUUUGA